UACUUCCUGUUUCGUUUGAAGGUGUCAGAUGUCACAACAGAGCAGCAGCAGCAGUCAGCUGAGGAUCACUGGAUGGAGAUCUAACACCACUCUUCAGCACACAAAGACAUGGAGGUGACGGAGGAGGCGUGGCGGAAGGUGGAGGAGCAGGUGGAGAGUUUGCUGAGCGGUCAGGGGUCAGAGGUCACCGGGUGUGACGUGGGCCUGGAGCAGAGCAAACCGGCGACUCUGAGGAAGACCGUCACCUACAUCGUCUGCGCCGUCAUCUUCAACGAGAAGGAGGAGGUGCUGAUGGUGCAGGAGGCAAAGCAGGAGUGUUAUAAGCAGUGGUACCUGCCUGCAGGACGGGUGGAGGUGGGCGAGAACCUGGAGGAGGCGCUGAGGAGAGAGGUGAAGGAGGAGGCGGGGUUUGACUGUGAGCCAAUCACCUUGUUGCUGAUCCAGGAGCAGGGACCUCAGUGGAUCCGCUUCGUCUUCCUCGCCAAGGUCACAGGUGGGAGUCUAAAGAGUCUGUCAGCAGCAGAUCAGGAGUCUCUUCAGGCCUCCUGGUGGGACCGACAGUCCGUCCUCCCUCUGAGAGGACGAGACAUCCUCCGUCUCAUCGACUGUGGACUCAAGUACCGUCAGGAUCCCUGGCAUCCUGUCACGUUACCUGUAGACCUGAGCUGCCGUCACGUGGUGCAGAGACUCGUCCUGGUCUUCACCAACGCCGAGGACCAGAUCUGGGUCCUGCUCAUCAAAGCCCCGGUGCUCCACCUCCCGACGGCGGCGGCGCUGAAAACCCACGCGGUGACGUGGGCGGCCAACAUGGUGGUGCAGGAAGCCAUGCCGUCGGCGUACUACGACCAAGACGUCAACACGCUGGGCGUCUUCAGCCUGCAGCACAACGGCCGGCAGCACGGGAAGACGGACGGCGUGUGCUUCAACACGCUGGUGGCGCUGGUGCCCGACCGCGUCCAACGCAAUGAGGACGGGGAGAAGGUGGAGUGGACGGGGACGGGGCUGCCUCCACCCGUAGAAAACCCGCGAUACAUCUGGCACGAAGUCCAGAAACAGACUCUGAGAGAGAAGCUGCUGGAGAAGACCAAGAACAUCUCCAUCUUACCCGUCCACAGCAUGUACUGACCAAACAGGACUCUUAUUGUGAAAAUAACACGCUUCUGUUGUAAAUAAGGAGCUUUUAUUUUGAAAGAGAAUGUCUAAUUGUAUGCAUCAGUCAGAGUGUAGAUUUUAAAUGUUAACAGAGCAAUAAAAUACUAAUAUUAAUGUUUGAA